GCAACAACAACACAUGUGAAGAGACGCGAUGUUGUCCACGUUAAAAGAGAGAACCGGGGAGGUUCUGUUACCGGGAGACGAGUUCUCCUUUGAGACCGACGACAGCAUCUCUCUAACGGGCCCUGUUAGACCGGAGAAGGUGGUGUGUGGACCGGGUCUGAGGCGGAGCGGAGACCGGGUGCUGGUGUGUAAAAGCGGCGUCCUGCGACACAAACAGCCCCACAUGUUCUGGAUGGACUCGCAGCAGAGGAGGUAUGUCCCCGCUAAAGGUGAGACCAUCAUCGGCAUCGUGACGGUCAAAUCAGGAGACGUCUUCAAGGUGGACUUUGGAGGAAGUGAGCAGGCGUCUCUGUCCUACCUGGCUUUUGAGGGAUCCACCAAGAGGAACCGACCCAACGUCCAGGUGGGUGACCUGGUGUUCUCCCAGUUCCUCAUAGCCAAUAAGGACAUGGAGCCGGAGUUGGUGUGUGUGGACAGUUCAGGACGAGCCAAUGGGAUGGGAGUGUUUGGAGGAGGAGGUCUGGUCUUCACGGUCUCUCUGGGACUCGUCAGAAGACUGCUGACCCCCCACAGUGAGGUCCUGGCUGACCUGCAGCAGCUGUUUCCCUGUGAGCUGGUGGUCGGGAUCAACGGUCGUCUGUGGGUGAAGUCCUCCAGCGUUCAGCAGACGCUCGUCAUCUCCAACCUGCUCCAGAGCUGCGACGCCAUGACGGCCCAGCAGAGACGCCAGCUUUUCAGGAGGGUGGCACAGGGGCCGCUGUAGACCGCAUCGGACCACCUGCUGCACCUGUAGAUAAACCUGAACAGGCUGUAGACCGCAUCGGACCACCUGCUGCACUUGUAGAUAAACCUGAACCGGCAGUAGACCGCAUCGGAACUCAGGUACCUGGUUCCACUGAGGACAGCUUGUGUUCAGGUUCUGGUCUCGUAGACUUUGACUUUUCUCUCAGUAAAUUAAACUUCAAACCUCUCAGCUGGUUCACUUUCAUCAGAGGAGAUGAAGAUGAGUGUUCUUUCUUCAUAUUAAAGGAACAUUCCACAGUUUAA